CCUUCUCCCGCUACCCCUCAGGAUGUUCAUUAGUGCUGGAGAAGCGAAGGCGACAGGUCGCACGUCUCCAUGCGGGGCAACGUAACGCCAGAUACUCAUCCUGAAUAGGUAGCCCACUCCAUAGCAAGAUGGGUUCGCAGCAGUUCUGCUUAAAAUGGAACAACCACCAGUCGAAUAUGCUGGCGGUGUUCGAGCAGCUGCUAUCGAAUGAAGCAUUUGUGGACGUCACGUUAGCCUGCGAGGGUCUGAGCUUGAAAGCGCACAAGAUGGUGCUCUCCGCGUGCAGUCCGUUCUUCCAGGCGCUCUUCGUGGAAAACCCUUGCAAGCAUCCCAUCGUCAUCCUUAAGGACACGCGGUACAUGGAUCUGAAGGCGAUCGUCGAGUUCAUGUACAGGGGAGAAGUGAAUGUGUCGCAAGAUCAACUCUCAGCACUGCUCAAGACGGCAGAGACUCUUAAAGUGAAAGGACUCGCGGAAGUGACGGGCGAGAACAAGCAGGGCGUAGUUCCCGUGGGGUCGACGAACGGUGAGACGCAAGGGACGCUAACGCCUCGAGCAAGUAGUCCGCCCUUAGGUAAACGAAAAAGGGGUCGACCGCGGAGACGAUCGGCGAGUGACUCUAACCGAAGUGACUCUGAGGACCAAUGUAGUGCAGCGACGAGGGUAAAGGGGGCUCCGGAAAGUCCGGAAAUCAUCGAGGAUGGAAGUUUGUCUAGUGAUCGCCUGGCGGUGCCUUCUCCAGCGAAGGUGGCUGCGACGAGUAGUAGGUCGUUACCCGCGGCGCCGUCCGAACCCUCGGCGGCAAAGGACACCGUAAGGGAGGACUCCAUGACGGUGGACGAUGCGACGGGGUCUCCGGACGACGUAGAGUUCGAAGUCGACGCCUCCAACCUCAUGGAACAGUCCAUGACGACGGAAAACGUUCGAGUGUUCUCUGAAAUCCAGUCAUCUACAAUACCUGACGCACCACAUCAUACAGGGUCAUCGCAAGACGCCACCUCAGUCAUUCCUGCCUCAUUGCCUUCAGACAUCUCCAUAUCUCAAACACAAGACAUCAAACCAAAUCCAUCUAGUUUAGUACCUUACAACGAUACCACAACCACCGUGGUUCCAACGCCUGUAGUUCCUUCUCAACAAGCGUCUACGUCAGCGGACGGAAGUUCGGGUGGUUCCUUCUUCAUGGAUUCCUCCGGUGUAGCUGCCAUCGCUGGCCCGAGUACGUAUCACUCGGACAAGCAGCCUUCCACGCCCUCUCAUGGUAAGCAUACCCACCGCGUUUCCACUUUGUGCGUUUUUUUUAGUUUGUCAUGGUAAGUUGUGAGCGCAAUUGUACUCGUGCUUUUGCGUUCCCAACUUUUCAAACCCGUAUCCGGUUUGAGAUAGGGUAAUAUGUUGUCCUGAACUCUGCUCCUUGCCUCUGUUUAUUAGGUAUAUUUGACGAGUGCAGGUUCGAAAUCUAAAUUUCGCUUGACAGCGGCGAGGUUGCAGUGUUCAUUUUCACGUAAUUUUCGUCUAAGGUUAGGGUUUCGAUGUAAUUGUAAUGUCACCUCUUGUAAUACACCGGAAGUAAAGGAUAUUUCUCCCCCUUUAAUAAUUAUCGAACCAGUCACUUGUUCACGUGUCUUGUGUGAGUUACUCAUCGGUACGCGAGCGCAGCAAGUCUCAAGAGGAUGCGUUCGAUUCCGCGCGGUUUUUUUUCCUGGUUCCUCUGCAAGCCUGGGCCAUCAUCCAAGACUUCGCGUUUCGUGCGUCCCUCAAGAAUUCGCGUCUCGGCUUUGGAAAAGUUCGCGACCUGCGAUCACUUCCAAGCCCGUCCGGCAUUCAUGGUCUGUCUUCCUCCGUCGUUGGAUUUUUCACAGUAUUUGGUGAGUAUAAUUUCCACCCCUCCCCCAUUUUUGUUUGGUGUUGUCCUGUUGGUUAGGGUGUGUUAGGGACCGUUAGGAAUGCUAUUGUCUGUAAUGCACUGUAUUUUGGAUUUUCAAUUAAAUCUGGGUUUGAGUGGGACGGCAUUUGUCUUAUUUCUGGUGUGUGCAAUGAUGCAAGCAGCGAGUGAGCUUUGAGUGAUUGAAUGCAUGUGAGAGUGAAAGCGUUCACAUGGACAUGGGGCUUGCAUUGUUCAUGUACAUGACAUUGAUGCUUAGAUUAGCUUGACAUGAAUUUUCUUCGUCCAAGUACACUAACCAGCAUGGCUGAUAUUUCACUGUAUAUUGCUUCAGAUUAAGUUCUUUGGAACAUAGUUCACAAGACAACGUUACAGGACACUUAAAUUUCCCCACUAGGUCAGGAGUGUUUGCUUUUUGUACUUCUUUGCAGCUGCCUUGGCAUCUGUGUCCAGCUUCGUGGCAAGAGUAGUAUUGUGUAAUUCUGAAGUUACUCUGCUGUACUUCCUCGACUUCCUCCAUUAUCAUUUGGCGCGUGCAAUAAACGUCCCUUUGCCCUAA